CUUGUCUUUCCACAGCGAACAGUGAGAAUUGCACAUUGAAGCGGUGGCAAAUACACUCGGCUACUGAAGCUCGUGCCGCAUUAUAACUGUGCAAUCUCAAUAUAGGACAUCAUCGGUAGUUUGCAGCGUGGCCGGGGCCCUGCUGCGGCCCCGUGCUUCUACUAGCUUCGGCGCUCCCUCCAGCGCAUACCCAGGCCUGCUAAGCACUCUACUUAGCGUAUGGGAGCCAUCAGUGGAAUGGCUGGCGGCGAGAUUAUUCGCUCCAUCUUCGGCGGGCCUGUGUCCACGCGGGCGCUUUGUGCAGUUGCUCGCCCUGAGCCGGAGCCGGAGCCGUUGCCAGCGAAAAAGGCUGGGGGCACAGCAGGGGCCAAGCCGGGACAGGCAGCAGCGCCUGCAGCCCCAAAGCCGAAGCCCAUCGAUCCCAAAGUGCUGAAGAAGAAGCAGCUCGCGGACGAUCUGGACUUGUUUGAGGACCUGGCCUCAGACGGGCCGAAAAAGGUACCAAAGCCCAAACCCAAGCCGGCGCCCGGCCCACACGCCGCAGGUCCGGGCCCCAGCAGCGCACGGCACGCAGCAGGGCACGAGGGCCGCAGCAGCGGGAGGCCCAGCGCGGGGUCGGGUACAGCAGCAACUGCGGCUCGGGCCAAGAGUCCAUCCCUCUCAGCGCGCCCAGCCGCCGGCGCAAAGCCAGGCUCCGGUGGGGGCAAGGCCUCGGGCCCUGCUCCUGCCACCAACGGCACCGGCAGCCGCGCAGCCCACACCAACCACCAGCGGCAAGGCGGGGCAGCGGCCGGCGGCGGCGGCGGCGGGUCCAGAGCCGGCGCGUCCGCACCUGCAGGCGGGGGCAGGCCAGGGGCAGGUCCGGGCGCUGGCGGUGGCGGCGCGGGCGCAGUAGCCCGGGGCGGGCCAACCUCCACCUCGGGGCGCGGCGCAUCGGGGUCCUCAGGCAAGGCCGCCGCCGCGGCGGUGCCGCCCGGACAGGCGCGCCCAGCCGGUGUCCCGUUCCUCGGCUCGGCGCGCCCCGCCGCGCCCUCGGGCGCAGCUGCCGCCAACGGCGGCGGCGCAGCCGCGCCAGGCCUGGCCAAGCGGCCGGCGGGCCCCGGCGGAGCCGGGGCCGGCGGCGGCGGCGGCGGCGGCAUGGGCGCGAUGCGGCGGGACGCGGGGCGGCCGGUUAUUCGGAAGCCGUCUGCGGGUCCGCCGCGGCGGCGGCGUGAUGAGGACGAGUACGAGGACGACUUUGUGGUGGACGAUGAGGAGGAGGAGCCGGAGGAGGACUGGCGCCGCUUCCUGAGGAGAACCACAGGCUACGACCCCAGCCGCUACCGGGACGACCCCUACGACGACCGCUCCAUGGAGGUGGGCUGGCGCCAGGUGGUGGCGGAGGAGAAGCGCAGCGAGCGCAUGGGUCGCAUGGAGGACGAGCUGGCUGAGGAGGAGGAGGAGCGCAAGCGCAAAGAGAAGAUGAAGCGGCUCAAGAAGCAGCGCACGCAGUAGCAGCAGUGGUUGGGAGGUGGCGGCGGGGUGGGCUGGGGUGCUCGCGGCACGGGUGGCGGGCAGCGGCGGCGGUAGCGGUAGCGAGGUGGCUUGGCGCCUGCUGCGCGGCAGGCGGCACGGGGUCAUGCGCGGCGGUCCCGACGGGGAUGUGCAUACGGCAUCAGGCCCCCGUGUGGUUGCGUGUGUUGGAAUGUGUAGCAGGACACUGGCCGAAAAGGUCUAAAAUAGCUGUCCGUGGCUAACAUGGGUUGCGCUUGGAUCGUGGCCGGGAUGUGAGCCGCAGGGCGGCGUGAGCCUGGACGUACCUUGGUGGGCGGUGGGUAGGUGGUUGCAGGGGCUGGAUUGAUGCCGCUUCGGAAUGGGGAGCAUCAACGAUUAAGCAAGCACAUGCCCGCUUGAGCUACGGGAGGAGUUGGGCCGUGUUUAGGUUAGCUGGGGCUGCGGGGCUGCGGCCCGUGUACUACUAUGGGAAGGGAAGAGCAACAUGAAGGCAGGAUGAGGCGUUCGCAUGCGCAGACGCUUGGCUCGUGUGUAAGUGGUCAGCUGUGUGUGGAAGGGGGCGACUGGAUUCUGAAUGGUCAGUGGUGGGGAGUUGUGAGGAGGCAUCCGGUACGGCUAUCCGGGCCGCAGCGCAAGCGAUGGGGGCAGUGUGAGGAGAGCAUCGGGCCGUGCCCGUAGAGGCUACGAUAGGCCACUGCCUACCAAUGAUGAUGGGUCUUGCUUGGAGGCUUGGAGCAGGAGUGGGUGGAGCUGCGGCUCGAGGCAGGGAGCUCGGGUGUAGGUGCAUGGGCUGAAUCAGGAAGUGUAUGAAGGCGCCAAGUGCCGGCGUGGGAGAUUGGGAGGCAGUACCGGGAACACCAAUGUCCCAACUGUAACGGCUGUAGAUG